GGGAGGCAAGAGGGCAGCACUGGCAGGGCAACUGCAGGGCUCUGACAGUCACGUUCAUUCCCUGCUGCUUUUCCAGUCCCCAGCCGCCUCGCCCCUCCUCCUUCAGUCCCAGCCCGGGUUUGGAGGCGAUUCCCCUCUAGUGACUGAGUCGAUAGCAUCUGGGCGAGCAGCGCUUCGCCACCCUCGCGUCUUUUGUCUCCUCCUGAGAGGCUUUGGGGUUCGGUGCAGGGUCUGCAGCAGCCACCGCAGAAGCAGGAGUCCAGCCGUGCUCUGCACCGCUGCCGGGGGCCGCACCCUCGUUGGGUGGAGGCGCGGGAGGACGCCAGCCGCGCAACACACCGUCUGCGUCCCGCGCUCCAGCCGCGGAGCACAAACGCCGCGGCUGCCGCGGCCGCCGCCACCACCGCCGCCACCAGGGAGCGGAGACUGUCCGCCCGGCCCGGCUUGGGCAGCCCGGCUUGCAGCCGGCUGGACGUAGACAUCGCCGCAGCCCUGGCAGCGCGCACACUCCCAGGCAUACGCACCCAACGCCUCCUCCCUGCGCCACGAGGAUGGAGCUGCCGCCCCAGCCCGGGACUGGCGCAAGGUACCCAAGCAAGGACAGGAAUGAUGAAGAGACAAGUGUGUUAGUUGCAGCCUUUUGAACCACGCAAAGAAGGAAAUCAACGGUGUGGACAGGGCUGGAACCAUUGCUACAUUUGUUGGAGUAAAUGAGGAAUGGGCUUGUGAUUAUGCUGACAUUCCAGCAUGAAUCUGGUAGACCUGUGGUUAACUCGUUCCCUCUCCAUGUGUCUCCUCCUACAAAGUUUUGUUUUGAUGAUACUGUGCUUUCACUCUGCCAGCAUGUGUCCCAAGGGCUGUCUUUGUUCUUCCUCUGGGGGUUUAAAUGUCACCUGUAGCAAUGCAAAUCUCAAGGAAAUACCUAGGGAUCUUCCUCCUGAAACAGUCUUACUGUAUCUGGACUCCAAUCAGAUCACUUCUAUUCCCAAUGAAAUUUUUAAGGACCUCCAUCAACUGAGAGUUCUCAACCUGUCCAAAAAUGGCAUUGAAUUUAUUGACGAGCAUGCCUUCAAGGGAGUAGCUGAAACCUUGCAGACUCUGGACUUGUCCGACAACAGGAUUCAAAGUGUGCACAAAAAUGCCUUCAAUAACCUGAAGGCCAGGGCCAGAAUUGCCAACAAUCCCUGGCACUGUGACUGUACUCUACAGCAAGUUCUGAGGAGCAUGGCGUCCAAUCACGAGACAGCCCACAACAUCAUCUGUAAGACCUCCGUGUUGGAUGAACAUGCCGGGAGACCCUUCCUCAAUGCUGCCAAUGACGCCGACCUUUGUAACCUCCCUAAAAAAACUACCGAUUAUGCUAUGUUGGUCACCAUGUUUGGCUGGUUCACCAUGGUGAUCUCGUAUGUGGUAUAUUAUGUGAGGCAAAAUCAGGAGGACGCCCGGAGACACCUUGAAUACUUGAAAUCCCUGCCAAGCAGGCAAAAGAAAGCAGAUGAACCUGAUGACAUUAGCACUGUGGUAUAGUGUCCAAGCUAACUGGCAGUGAGAAAGAAAGUAGUUUGAAUUUGCAGUAGAAUAAGUUGUUUACUUGUCCCAUCCAUUGUAAACAUUUAACUUUGUACUUCAGUUUCUUUUGAAUUAUGCCAUUGUUGAACUUUAACAAAUACUACAACAUUAAAAAACAUUCAUUUUAGUUUAGGUGUUCCACCCCCUUAAUUGUACCCCUGGUGGUAUAUCCUUGAGUAAGCUACUAUCCAAGCGUUAGUUAGAUCCAUCCCACUAUUUAAUAAUGAAAUUUAUUUUUUUAAUUUAAAACCAAAUAAAAGCUUAACUUUGAA